UCGGCCUUCGCUUGUGACUGAGUCAGCUGAAUCGUACUAAGUUGUUUUUGUUAUUGUUUACAUAUUACACGUGUUCUCAAAAAGUAACUUUUAUAAACUGUCUUAUAGCUAAUUUAAGCUAUCAUAUACUCGAAAAAUGUCUUUUAAGCGUGAUGGUGACGAUACCAACCUCCUACAAAAAUUUAAAUCACCAACGUGUGAAAGAGCUACUCAGCAACCACAUUCCACAAGAUGAAGCAAAACUCCUCAGCAAUGGAAGGUUGGCGUGUAUGAUCUGUCUUCAUAGACCGGUUUUUGAUACAAUCAACAUGCUCUCGAUGCACAGAAGAGGGAAGAGACAUCUCUAUGAACUCAGCAAACACAUCCAAUGUCAGGAACGGUCUGUGAUAAAAGGGUUGUGGAAGAUUCACCCCCUCGCCAAGAUGUCCGGUGACAAGACUGAUCUGACAUCGGUGACAGAGCUAGGACAAGCAGCCAGGUCCGUCAGGCCACACAGAUUUCGGCGCAAACCCAUCUUGGAGAUUCUACCUCCUGCAAGAGAUGCCAGUUUGAAGGAAGCAGACCCCAAGAGUGCCUCUGUCACGGUCAGGCACUAUCUUAAGAGCAUGUCUCGCAAGUCUUCACUAGACCAAGUGGUAGAGAAGAGCAGAGAGAACUACGGUGAAGGUUUGCAGACGAGCCAACCCCAACCCCAACGUUGUUUAGCUGCUGAACCUGAGCAGUCAGUCGAGAAACCAGUUGUACCAUCCUCUAAACCUUCUCAGGACUACGAAGUAAAACUUAGAAUGUCUGGUUGGAUUAAGGAUUCCCUGGGAAAUUGGAUCAAGGACCCCAAUGUUGAGUUUGACAGUGAUGAAGAGGAGGCUCCUCCUCCCCUCACGUAACAGAUUAAGACCUGCAGCUCUCACGGACACCAUCUCAAAAAUCUGGCACAUUUGCUGGAGACUGAGGAGAGAAUAGGAAAAUAGAUGUUGGCACAGUGAACCAUUUAGCUGUAAGGAAUAUUUAACAAUGUAUUUAUUUACGUUACGUGUACAAUAAUAUAAAAUUAUUGUUUGUGAUUAAAUCCGUUUAAUUAUAUUUUGUAUUUAUUGAAACAUGAUUGACCACAAGCAAACUUCUACUGUGUUACAAAGUUGUAUAUGAAAAUACAGAUAGUUUUAAGGGUG